AUGAUUGAGAAGAUUAGACUUGACAGAUUGUUGUCAAACUUGGGUCUAUGUACAAGGAGUAAGGCAUUGUCAUUCAUAAAUACAAACAAGGUCACUGUACAAGGACAAAAGACAACUCCAAAGUCUAAAGUAUCAAUAGAUGAAGUUAGAAUAGCAGGUAAACAAUUAGAGAAUACAAAACUUUUAACAAUAGCAGUUCAUAAACCUGAUGGAUAUGUAUGCUCAACAGAGAAGACUGCUGAUCAUAAGCUGAUAUAUGACUUAUUACCGAAAGAGUUUAUUAAGAGAUCACCAACUUUGUCUGUGGCUGGAAGACUGGAUAAAUGGGUAACAGGUCUGGUACUGAUGAGUCAGGAUGGAAAGUUGGUCGAACGAAUCAUUACACCAAAGGACGAUAGUGUUGGAAAGAUAUAUGAAGUUGUCUGCAAGGAGAGGUUCAACGGUCGCGAGAAAGACGAGUUUGGGUCCGGCCAACUAAUGUUGCGCAGUGAGACUGAACCUUGCAAGCCGGCCAAGUUUGAGCUGUUGGACGACGAGCUGAACAAAGCACGCAUCACACUGUACGAAGGUCGUUAUCAUCAGGUCAGAAGAAUGAUGGCAGCCAUGGGCAACAGGGCAAUGGAGAUUCACAGGACUCGCAUUGGUCCAAUCGAGUUGGGCGAACUGCCCGUUGGACAAUGGAGACAUCUCACUUCAGAGGAGAUUGCAGAGUUGGAAAAGAUCAAGGUCAGCAAGUCAGCAAUCACAAAGAGAUCAUAUAAUCGAAAGAAGGCACUGUCCGACAAGGAUGGCGGCGAAGACGAAGACGACGAAGAGGGCGACCAGAGGCUGCAGGCAGAGCUGGCCAACGAACCAGAGGAGGAUGACGAGAACGACGAGGAUUAUCAACGCAAGCUGAAGGAGCUGAUCGAGGAUGAGGAGAGGAUCGCCAACUCGCGAGCCGUCGCCGCCGAGCAGCGCGAGCAGCAGAAGCAGCAACACGAGACUGAGGCCAAGGUGGCCGGAAGCGCGGCUGAGAAGAUCGACCCAAGAGACUUGGAGACGAACGAACAGAUGCAGGCAGAGAUUCAUGCAGCCAUCAUGGCCAAGAACAAGGAUGUACGAUUUAAUAGAAGAGGCGAGGUCAUGGGAAUCAACGAGGAUCCAGAUAUCGAUGUCACUGCGGAGGACCUGGAGAACCUGGUCAAGGACGAUCCAGAUUACAAGGCCUUCCUCAGGGAGGAGCCGGACGAAGACGAUGAGUUUGAUGAGGAUGACGAUGAUUAUUACGAGCGCAAGCUGGCCGAGUCAGAGAUGGACGAUGGACAGUCAGACGAGAUCCUGCCCGGACUGGAUGCUUCCGAGAAGCCUUCCAACUUCAGUCGCAAGUCCAAGCCCAAGUCCAACUUUGCCAACGAGUACAAGAGGCGACAGAGAUUGCAACAGUCCAAAUCAAAGCCCAAGAGGAAGGAGCGAUAA